CCCUUGGCGUUUCCUCCCUCCGCAGCUUCCGCGGUGUAGCCGGUCUGCAAGGUCCUCUGCGGGAGCUCGGAUCUGGGCGGUGGUCUGCGGGGUUGGGGCCUGAGCCAGGGUAGGAUACUGGCCAGAGGCGGUGGGCUCUGUGGCCCGCGAGAUGGAAGGGACAGAGGGCAAUCCCGGGCAGCCUGGCCCCGCUGAGCGGUCCCAUCGAAGCAGCGUGUCCUCCGUGGGAGCCCGAGCAGCUGAUGUGUUGGUGUACCUGGCUGACGACUCGGUGGUGCCUCUGGCUGUGGAGAACCUGCCCUCGCUCAGCGCCCACGAGCUGCACCGCGCAGUCCGGGAGGUACUGCAGCUCCCCGAUGCUGCCCUGGACGUCUUUGCGCUCUGGCUCGUCUCCCCAUUGCUGGAGGUGCAGCUGAAGCCCAAGCACCAGCCCUACAAGCUGGGCCGCCAGUGGCCGGAGCUGCUACUGCGCUUCACUGACGCCCCUGAUGAUGACGUGGCCAUGGAUGAGCCUUCCCUGCAGUUUCGGAGGAAUGUGUUCUUCCCAAAGUGGCGAGAGCUCCAGAUCCGUGACGAGGAGGUCCUGCGGCUGCUCUACGAGGAGGCCAAGGGCAACGUGCUGACCGCUCGGUACCCAUGCGAUGUGGAGGACUGUGAGGCCCUGGGUGCGCUAGUGUGCCGUGUGCAGCUUGGGCCCUACCAGCCCGGCCAGCCUGCAGCCUGCACCCUGAGGGACAAGCUGGACUCCUUCCUCCCCGCCCAUCUCUGCAAGCGCAGCCACGGGCUCUUCGCUGCCCUCCGGGGCCGAGGAGCCAGGGUGGGGACCGGCGAGCAGGGCCUGCUGAAUGCCUACCGCCGGGUGAAGGAAGCAGUCGGCAGCGACGGUGCCCACGAGGCCUCGCUGGGCUCCCACUAUCGCGCCUACCUCCUGAAGUGCCACGAGCUGCCUUUCUACGGGUGUGCCUUCUUCCAUGGUGAGGUUGACAAGCCGGCCCAGGGCAUCUUGCACCGCGGUGGGCGAAAGCCAGUGAUCGUGGCCAUCAGUCUGGAGGGCGUGCAUGUCAUCGACAGUAGGGAGAAGCACGUCCUGCUGGGUCUGCGCUUCCAGGAGCUGUCUUGGGACCACACCUCUCCGGAGGAGGAGGAGCCUGUCCUGUGGCUGGAGUUCGAUGGGGACACGGAGGGCCUUCCCGUCAACAAGCUCCUCAGGAUCUACUCCAAGCAGGCCGAGCUGAUGAGCGGCCUCAUUGAGUACUGCAUCGAGCUGAACCAAGCUGCGGAACCCACUGCCCCCCAGGAGAGUGCGCCCAGCCCCCACUCGGCCGCCGACCCCUCGCUGCCUCCCACUCAGCGCCCCAAGCUUCGGAGGCAGAGCAGCGUGGUAUGCAGCCGGCUCCAGCACCUCUCUACCAUCGACUACGUGGAAGACGGCAAGGGGAUCAAGCGGGUGAAACCGAAGCGCUCUACCUCCUUCUUCAGCCGGCAGCUGUCCUCGGGCCAGCGGGGCUAUACUGUGGUGCAGCCCACGGACAGCCUGGAGCAGGGCUGAGGACGGCCGUGCCGCGGGAGGAGAGCAGCGGGGACCCAGCCUCUGGACCUGCCCCCAGCACUGUCCCCUGCGGGCGCCAGGCACAGAGUCCACGGCCCAUGCACACGGCAGCCAGCGGCCUUGGUCCCUCAGGCUCUGGGUGCUUCAGACCACGGGGAAAGGACUGCCACCACCUGGGACAAUACCUGGGCCAUGUGGAACACAGGGCCCCUCUUGUACCCUGGCUCCCACGUACAGAUGCAGCUCCAGGCCCCUCGCAAGGGGCACAGCAUCCUGUGCCCGGCAGGGACUACUCACAGCCCAGAGGGCAGGUGGCCGAGGUCAGGGAUUGGGCCUGCAGGCACAGUGUCUUUUCCUGGGACCUCAGUUACCACAUCUCACAUUCCUUCUGCUGGCAUUCCCUCUGCCCUGCCGGCAUGGGCAGUCACUCAGUGGUGAGUGCUCCCUGAAUGGAGCGCUCCGUACCAUCCUUGAACUGCUCACGUCUCCCUGGCAGGCACAAGACACUGAACAGAAGAACGUGUCUUCCCAGACGUGGUGGCACACACCUGUAAUCCCAGCACUUGGGAGGCUGAGGCAGGAAGAUCGUUGUGAGUUUGAGGCUAU